AUGGAGGUGGGCGGGGUCUGUGGGACGCGCGAGGGCAGCGCUCUUACGUGGACGCAGCAGUGGAGUGCAAGUGUACGCCCUCGCUCUCUCACUCGCUGGCAGAGCCCGGCCCUGCAACACGGUGAAUCUUGUUUAAGUGUCCCCUGUCUUUUUCAGGCACAGUCACCUUUUGCUACAGGCCCCAGGCAAAGUGACGGGACAUUAUAUGAAUUCCGGACCUAUUUACUCAAGCCCUCAAAGACGAAAGAGUUCCUAGAAAACUUUAAGCAAAAUGUUCACCUUCGGACCGCUCACUCUGAAUUGAUCGGAUAUUGGACUGUAGAAUUUGGAGGCAGAACGAACAAAGUGUUCCAUAUUUGGAAGUAUGACAAUUUUGCUCAUCGAACUGCAGUCCGCAAAGCCUUGGCCAAUGAUAAGGAAUGGCAAGAGCGAUUCCUCAUUCCCAACUUGGCUUUCAUUGAUAAACAGGAGGUUGAGAUUACCUACCUGGUGCCAUGGUGCAAAAUAGGAACACCUCCCAAGGAAGGAGUCUAUGAACUGGCUACGUUUCAGAUGAAGCCUGGUGGCCCAGCUCUGUGGGGGAAUGCGUUCAAAAGGGCAGUAAACGCCCAUGUUGAUCUUGGCUACUCUACGCUAGUUGGUGUUUUCCACACUGAAUACGGAGCCCUCAACAGAGUCCACGUUCUGUGGUGGAACGAGAGUGCAGACAGUCGCGCCGCUGGGAGACACUGGUCUCACGAGGACCCCAGAGUCGUGGCUGCUGUUCGGGAAAGUGUCAACUACCUAGAGUCUCAGCAGAACAUGUUCCUGCUUCCGGCGUCAUUUUCACCACUGAAGUAGUUUCCUGCCUAGGAUCCAGCAUCCAAUCCCAGAUGUGAGGUGUGCCUACAGUGGAUGCCUCCUGUCUC